UUACUGAUACAUCUAUACUUUGCUUUUCUUACCAUGAAGGUCUCAGUCAUUGCAACCCUUUUUGGUAUAUUUCUUACAUAUACAUAUGCAACUAAGGAAGCAAUGAAGAAGACUAAAAAGACUAAGCUAUAUGUACCCCAGAUCGACUGUGACAUCAAGGCGGGGAAGAUCAUCAAUCCAGAAUUCAUUGCAAAAUGCCCUCCCGGAUGUCAAGAUAUCAAAUACCGUGUUUAUGGCACAGACAUUUAUGCUUCUUUUUCCAGUGUGUGUAGUGCUGCAAUCCACAGCGGCAUAAUUGACAACGCAGGUGGGAAGAUCCUCGUCCAGAAGGUUGCCGGCCAUUCUGGGUACAGAGGGAGCUUCUCAAACGGGGUCCGAUCCCUGUCGCUGCCACGCUGGAGGGAGUCCUUCCUUGUUGCAGAGGGCAAGCCAAGGAAAGGCGUGACGUACCCGUCAACUCUUGAAUAUUCUUCUUCAAAAAGCACAGUUGUUAAAUCAGAGCCUAAAAAGUCAGAGCAAGACAUAAAAGCUAUGAAGAAUGCCAGCACCUCGAACACUUCAGAAAAAGCAUCAGAACAAGGCAAUACAGUCCGCAAAGAGUACCAGACCUCUCCGGUGCCAAAUCCAGCUACACAAACGGCUACCACAACCCCACCACAGACAACAGCAACAACAGAGCCUUUCACCACAACACCAAAACCAGCUACAACCCCUGUGACAAGCAGGACCACGACAGCUGCAGCUACAGCCAAGCCUCGACCCGCACUGCAUAGAGUUAGAGACACAGGCUCUAGCAGUAUCCACCCAGCAUAUUCAUCUGUGGCAGCUGCAGCAUCAAGACAGAUUCAGGCUGCACAAGGGAGAGGACAGAAUACAGCAUUUAGGGGCUCUUCCAUCUCCUCAAGUAACAGGAAUGUUUUACGACCCAGCACAGGGGUUCAGCGCCAAGAGCCCAUUGCAGCCUUCCGGAAACCUGCUGGAUCUCCAGCCCAUCUGGCAAUGGAAACAGACUUGUGGAAACCUGGAUUAAGCCUUUUUGAUACAGGCUUCAAUUCAAAAGAAGAGCUGCAAACGAAACCGCUGGAGUCAAGAUCCCAGGGGAACCCAAACUGCAAAGUCGAUUUGUCUUUCUUGAUCGAUGGGAGCUGGAGCAUCGGUAAGCGCCGCUUUCAGAUCCAGAAACGUUUCCUCAGCAACGUGGCUGAUGCCCUCGACGUUGGCAGUGCUGGUCCUCUGAUGGGCAUCGUUCAGUACGGCAAYGACCCUUCCACAGAAUUUAACCUGAAAACGUACACCAACUCMAAGGAUAUAAGGAACGCCAUUGAGAAAAUCCCACAGAAAGGCGGACUUUCCAACGUGGGAAGGGCACUUUCAUUUGUCAACAAAAACUUCUUCUCGGACGCCAAUGGGAACAGAGGCGGGGCACCAAACGUGGCAAUAGURAUGGUGGACGGAUGGCCCACCGACAAAGUGGAGGAGGCCUCCAGGCUGGCCCGAGAGUCAGGGAUCAAUAUUUUCUUUGUCACUAUUGAAGAAGCUGCUGAAAGUGAAAAGCAGAACGUUAUUGAACCGGACUUUGUGGACAAGGCCGUAUGCAGAACAAACGGCUUCUACUCCCUCAGCGUGCCCAGCUGGUUCAGCCUGCACAAGGCGGUGCAGCCCUUGGUGAAGCGGGUGUGCGACACGGACCGGCUGGCCUGCAGCAAGACGUGCCUCAACUCCGCUGACCUCGGCUUCGUCAUCGACGGCUCCAGCAGCGUCGGCACCGGCAACUUCCGCACGGUGCUCCAGUUUGUGGCCAACGUCAGCAAGGAGUUCGAGAUCUCGGACACGGACACGCGCGUCGGAGCUGUUCAGUACACCUAYGAGCAACGGCUGGAGUUCGCCUUCGACAGGUACAACUCCAAGCAGGAYGUGCUCAGUGCUAUUAAGAGGAUCAGUUACUGGAGCGGAGGCACCAGCACGGGGGCAGCCAUCAGCUACGCCUUGGAGCAGCUCUUCAGCAAAUCCAAGCCCAACAAAAGGAAGAUCAUGAUUCUCAUCACGGACGGCAGGUCCUAUGACGAYGUCAGAGUGCCGGCCAUGGCGGCUCAUCAGAGUGGAGUCAUAGCUUAUUCCAUUGGAAUUGCUUGGGCAGCCCAUGAUGAACUGGAAGCCAUUGCAACAGAUCCUGACAAGGAACAUUCUUUCUUUGUGGAUGAAUUUGACCACCUCUACCAAUUUGUUAAUCAGCUCAUUCAAAACAUUUGCACAGAGUUUAAUUCUCAGCCACGGAACUGACUGAAUCAAGCAAAGCAGAGUCCUUGGGCGGAAUGCUGAAGACACACAAAAUGCUAUAGGUGUAACGCCAGCUCCAAGUUCAAGAAAUACUGGAAUUGUUAUUCUCCGGCACUUUCCAGUUAGCAAGGUUGAUUGCAGCUCUUUCCCUAUGCAUGAAAUUCUCCGUGUAGGCUGUUGAUUUUUGUUUUCUUCUUGCAGGCUUCAGAAAUUGAUGGAGAGUUAGAAAAGUGGUAAGCUUUAUGGAGGAGAUGACUGGAGCUGCUUGAAAAGUUUCUUCCUGUAUAGAUAAACUACUGAUUCCCACAUUUAGGCACACAAAAGCUCCUUAAAAUGAACCACCUCCUUCCUGAACUAGUGUCUGGCCUCAGCCCUGGUCUGCAGCAUCUUUCAGAAGCAGAAAGCAGCUCCAUGCUGUGGCAGAAGCAGCUCCAUGUGAGACUGCCCAUGCAUGAGCUGCCCUCCAGGUCAGGACUGAAAUUCCAGAUUUUUUUUUUUUUUUGACUAAAAUUUGAACACCUUCUUAAAAGAGGCCACUCUGCCCAUAGCUGUCUUGCUAGCAAGUUAAGUUCCAGCUAGUGUAAAUUCAAGAGCGGAGAUUUAUCUAGACCCACAGCCUGGAAAACAGGUGACAGGAAAGAUUCAAGCUCACAUGCCUAUUAUAGCUGUGGGGCCCUACAAACAUCUAUCAAUCCCAAUAAAGCCGCAGACCUACAAAGCAGCCAACACAGAAACUAGUAGCUUAGUCUUCCCUCUCCUACUUCCCACAGCCCUGCAUUAAAUUUGAUUUUGGCAAGAAAACCUUUCCCCCUUGGCUCUCUCUUGCUCUGCUUUGUCAGGCAGCUCAAGGCCUGCAGUACAGGGGAAGACUUGCAAAGACAGAAGAGACUCUUGAGAAAAAUCAUGGGUUGAAGUUGCUGACAAUCCACAAGUGCUUGMGAACCACUUCUCUGUCCUGACACAAUGGCCCAGGUUGGUCAGAUUGUAGCAGUCACUAACACAAAAAGAAUUAUUUAAGGGCCAUUAGAAGGAUUUUAAGAGGAAAGAAUCAUAAUGUUUCGUACUGUUCACUGGGAAAAAGCAGGAUUUAUAGGAUUUACAGACGCCCUCUUCAGAAUUUGGAACUGGCUUCUCCUCUACAGAUGGAUUUCAAAAUGCACCCUCCUGUGCUUGAUUGUGCACCUGCCCUUUGCCUGUGAUUAUUCAAAACACCCCUCUGCUUCUACCAUUGAUGAUUCUGUGCUAGGAGUGAUUCAUUAAGAGGGUCAAAGAAAUCACACUUUAAUUAGGCAGCAGCAGUUGCCAGUUAUGUUUCCAUACACUGUCAUUUAAGAAAACAUGUUCCYGAAGCAGAAGCUAUGGAAGAGGAAAGAAGCUUCAGAGCCAGUGCAACGUGUGUGUUCACACACCUUCUGGCUCUCAAAGCAAUCCUGCUUCAGGCUUGUUGACCCAGCAGGAAACUGAAAUAAAUUAAAGCUCAAAUUUCACUUCUUAUUCACAAAUCUGGGCUUUGAUAGACUUACACUUUAACAAAUAUCCAUGACCAAAGGAUGUUUAAUAUCUAUUCACUUAAAAAUGUUAAUUGAAGUAAAUGCCAUCACAGGAGACUCCUUUCUGUCAACAAAAUUAGCACAAGUUUUUGAAUCUUUAUGUUUGAAAAUACGACUUGAGCAGUUUAGAAAGAUCAGUGAAGUAAGCAAAAACCCAGCUAAAGAGCACGUGAUUCUACAGGAUCUCUGYAGUGGGCUGCCAGAAGCCAGGCUAGGAUCCUCCCGAGAGAAACACAACCGGAGGAAGCAACAGUUUCACCUGGGAAGAUUUGGAGCUUCCCCGUUCAGAAGGGGUCCAUUCCAGUUUAACUGAACACCUAAAACAAAGCAAUGCUACCCACACAGAAGACAUAGGUUACUGCUAGAGGAAAAGGAAUAGGACACUAACACAUAUCAAUAYGUACAAUAUGUACACAUAAGGUUUUUCUUUUGUUUUUAACGUUGAUUUAUGCUGCAGCACUUCCACAGCAAUAGCCUCAUUGCUUGAAAAAAUAAAGGACAGGCUAUUAUAUAGGAUCAGAACACGCCCAGUACUUCCCAUCCCUGAUYCUCAGCUCCGUUUCCUCAGCACUAUCCUGCUGAAGGCGCCGCUCUCCUCUCACGAAGGCUGCUCUGGACAAAACUCAUACUCACAAAGUAGAUUUGCUGAGGACUCUAGCUCAGGUCUCAGCUUUCUUUGAAAAUCUGCWUGCCUGGGGUGUUAUUUACAUCCACCUGAGAAAAGAGCCUACAUUUUAACUCUUACUGCACUUGUUUUUAAUGCAACAAGGUGUAUAUCUGUCACAGAUUUGUCACCAUAUACUUAGCUCCAUACUGAAUAUGCUCUCACAGCUCAAGCAAGAUGCUCUUCAGAGAUUCCCACUGUAGGACUUGUGCUCUGCACAGCACAGAUGGCAGAGGCGUUAGGGACAGUUAAAGCCAGGUACAUUCUUUAGGACAAGCAUUUUAAUUCCUUCCCAAAGCUCAAACUUCAAGC